CCUAAUCAAACAACGUAAGACUAUAAAGGCUUCUUCAGUGAAACCAAUCGACACUUACAAUUUAAGUUCGUACAAAUCGAAGAUCGUCCAAAGGAAAUUCCGAGAAUUUUGAUCAAGAGCGAGCUCUUUGUGAUUAUAUACGGUUCCAUGGCGAUUGCAUCCAAUGAAUCCACGAGCAUCUGCAGUCACUGUGACAAAGCUAUUCCUUCUACAAAUAUCGAUUUGCACUAUGCUCACUGCUCCCGAAAUCUGGAAAGAUGUAAACAUUGUGCUGACAUGGUUCCAAAAAAACAUGCUGAGGAACAUUACUUAAAUACCCAUGCUGCGGUAUCCUGCUCACUCUGCAGUGAGACUAUGGAACGUGAAAUUUUAGCUGUUCAUAAAGGUGAAAAUUGCCCCCAAAGGAUUGUCACAUGCGAAUUUUGUGAGUUUCCUUUGCCUGCAAUUGAUCUGUCAGAGCAUCAGGAAGUAUGUGGCAACCGAACGGAAUUAUGUCAUCUGUGUAGAAGGUAUGUUAGACUGCGUGAAAGGAAUGGCCAUGAAGCCAUGUGCAAUGGUGCACCAGAUAACAGUGUCGGUGUCCAAGAUAAUGGUGUUGGUGUCUCAGAUCAUACCGUCAGUUCUUCAAGAAGGGAUGCAAGAGCAGCUGAGAGAGAACAAGGUGGGCAAAGAAGGCCGCCGCUACAGGGGUUUUCACAGAGGCGUCUUCUGUUCACCAUCGCAAUUACAGGCAUUGCUGUUUUAUUAGGAUCACUCUUCUUCCAGAAGAAAACCGAAAACCACUGAAAUGCAUUAGGAGUAGGAAGGAACAAUUUGAGGAUCUGCAACUCUGCUUUAAAGUUGUGUAUUCAUUUGUCUGGAUCUAAAUCAUUUUGAGAAAAUGCUACUAUAACCGUUGAACUCAUAAGGAUGUCACUUAUAUAUAUAUAUAUAUAUACAUUAACCAAGAAAGAUUGCAUAUUAUUUGGAAUUUUCUGUUCAUAGGUUGAUUGAUUCACUUCAUUUGCAUGAAAUAUGUACAGAAGCCGAAGGUUUUUCUCACAGGAUGGGGCUGCUUUUCUUCCAAAUGCUGUUUAUUUGAAGUUGUUUGCUGCUUGCUUCAAAAUGCAAAAAAUAGUGGCUGAUUUGCGAAGCAGACAGGCUUCACUCUCCCCAUAUCAGAACCCAUCUUCUAUUUACCUUUGCUUAUAAGAUUGGUUGACAUUUGUAGAUUUUGCAUCAACCAUAUUGGUCCUCCAUGAAAGAGCCGCAAAAAGGGCAAUUUUUUUUUG